GGACUGCCUGGAGCUGACCUGCAUGUUCUAUAAUUACAAGGCGUUUCCCGUAUUCUGCGACUAGGGGAUUUUCAUAUUAUUUAUGGGAAUAAUUGGGGAAAAUCUCGACACUCUUUCUAACAAUUAUCACAACUUGUUAAAAAGAAGGAAAAUCCCAUGAAAUUAAUGAAUCACUUAGGCCGACAUCGAAUAAUACCUAAACAAGGUACUUAGGUAGGAGAGAAGCCGUGAUAAUGGCACCUCUUACCAACGAGCCUGACGCCAUUCGAGUGGUGCUCAAUCUCGCCCGGCGCAAGGUCUUUUACAGUCUACUCAUUGAGAUCGCCGCAUACAUGCGAUCGCAACUCGAACUUGACUAUAGCCCAGAAAACUCACCUUCCUCCUCUUCUUCAGCCCGCAACCCGCCUCCAUAUUCAGAGACGGCAGAUGCACCUUUAUUCUCCCCCCGCACCGACGAUCAGCACAAUAGGAAUGCGGAUACCCCGCCGGCGCAACCGCCGCGACCCAGAAGACCGCCUCCCAGUCCCGCACUGGUGAGAUUGAGGAAAGCGGCGCUACUACACUUUGACUCAUGGCGCACUCAGACAUUAGCCAAGAUCAAAGAAGUUGUCGCAAAACCCGACGACCAAAAAGUCUUAGAUGCCCGUCGGAAGCGCACCGAAGAACUACGCAUUAAGACCAGAGAAGAACCCUCUGAUGGCGAGGACCUCCUCAGUUUCGGCGAUAACAGCCGGUCAACGCAGACCAGCACCGCUUCUACAUCUACAUCCACCAACAAUGCAGCGCUUCUAUCCCCUAAUGCCACUGGUCCAACUAGUCUAUCUGCUUUCCAAAAUUUAUACCACCCUAUUCCUACACGCCUCACUACAAUCCCUAUGGAAGACCGGAAGGAAGUCCUCAGCGCAACUCUUAUCAUUCUCCUAUCUAUCGGGAAUUAUUCAGCAUACUCGCGCACUAUGGUAUGCUACUUAACCUCCGCUCUCGAGAUGUCACCUGCAUUCCUCGAUAGCGAGGAGACCGAGAUCGCGACGACCAUGGUGGAAGCCGCGCAGAAGGCCGAGCAGAGCGGCGAGGGGGCAGGCGGUGGUAUGUCGGCAGAAGCCGAGGCGCAGAAGCGACGGGACGAGGGAAAAGUCGGACGAUUUUGGAAAGUCGGGCUGGCUUCUGUGGCGGGCGCUGCUAUUAUCGGAGUUACAGGUGGUCUUGCUGCGCCAGCUGUAGCAGGUGUUAUAGGAGGACUUAUGGGCUCCGUCGGACUCGGUGGACUCGCUAGUUUUCUCGGGAUAUUUUGGAUGAACGGCGCACUAGUGGGUACUUUAUUCGGUGCAUUCGGCGCGAAGAUGACGGGCGAGAUGGUUGAUCAAUACGCCAAAGAAGUUGAAGACUUCAAGUUCCUACCGUUAAAAGAGGAAUGGGGCGAGGGGUGGUCUAAUAAAGAGAACGGAGCGCAUGCACGCAGACUUCGCGUCACGAUUGGUAUUAAUGGCUGGCUCACCUCGGAAGAAGACGUGACGAAACCGUGGCGAGCCCUAGGCGAUGAAACCGAAGUCUUUGCUCUACGCUACGAAAUGAAAAGCCUUAUGGCGCUUGGAGAUAAACUGAAAAGCCUCGUUACGUCAGCGGCGUGGAGUGCCGUCCGAGCUGAGAUCUUGCAACGUACGGUUCUUGUCACUUUAGCGGGAGCCCUUUGGCCUAUCUUUUUGUUGAACUCGGCGUCCAAUAUUGAUAACCCGUUUAGUCUGGCAAGGAACCGGUCUGAGAAGGCCGGUCGCAUAUUGGCUGAUGCUCUUAUCAAUCGUGUGCAAGGUGAACGACCAGUCACGCUGGUGGGGUAUUCGCUGGGCGCUCGUGUUAUUUAUGCAUGUCUUAGGUCGCUAGCUGACCGCCAGGCUUUCGGACUUGUUGAUACGGUUGUUUUGAUUGGAGCGCCGGUGCCGUCGAACCCGAUUCAUUGGCAGAUGAUGCGCACAGUGGUCUCCGGCAAGCUGUUCAAUGUAUACAGUGAGAACGAUUACAUCUUAGGAUUCCUAUACCGUGCUACUAGCUUGCAGCUAGGUAUUGCAGGGCUACAGGCUAUUGGCGGUAACGGGAUUGAGAUAGAAGGAGUCGAGAACCUAAACUUGAGUAAUGAGGUUACAGGUCACCUAAGAUACCCAGACCUCACUGCAAAGAUACUGAACCGCUGUGGGUUCCCUGGUAUCAGAGGUGGCGCUGGAGCGAUUGAGAAGGAUGACGGGCGCAUUGAGAUCGAAAUGCGGGACCGUGAUUGGGCUGAGACGGGGAAUCUGAUCGAUGUGGAUUGGGGAAAUGAUGGUCCACCGAAGCCACCCCGGCGAGGCGAUUGGCAGAAUGAGAAGUUCGACCCGGCGGUGAAGAAUGUGUUAGAGUUGAAGAGUGACAUGCUAGUGAGGGAUGCUAAGAUGGGAGGAAAGAAAGAUGUUAAAGAAUCCAAUGAUGCGUCGAGGGGGGCAAUGGAAGCGCCACCGACAGCGCAGACUUCCCGUGCUACCCCGGAUGUAAUAGUCCCUGCUGCCGUAUCGGCUAGCACUGCAGCCACAUCACAUAACGAGGCUCCGCCCGUGUAUUCAGCGACCAGGACAGUCUCUAGUCACGAUGAAGAUAAUUACGUCUACGACUACGAUUCGGACGAAGAAGGCGGUGGGAUUAGGAUGAUGGAUAAUGAUUCCGAUGGAGGGGAAAUGACUUUCAUCGAUCCCCUACGUAUUGAAGACUAAACAAUACUAGAUUCAAGUUAUAGGAGAUAUACCCGGGGAAUGCGUUAAGCUGUAUAGUAGAUUUGUAAUGUAUUUGUUCGAAGAUAUGAAAGUUUCCAGGUAGUACUAGAUGACUUGCUAAUAUCGCUCUAUGUCCUGUCCCGUCC